AUGAAACAAAUUUUGCUCCAUUACGGAUGGAAACACACCGCCAUCUUAUAUGACGAAGACGAAGUGUUCUUCCGGCGAGUAGGAAAAAAUCUGGCACAGGACUUCCGGAAGGACGACACACUCACUAGGCCGUACGAGAAACCCUUCCCCCGAUCCACUGAUAACUUCUCUGGUAUCCUAUCCGAGGCUUCGAGGCAUGCUAGAGUGUUUAUUAUACUGGCACAAGCCCGGCAGUUCAGGGACGUGAUGUAUUUCGCCUACACACAGAAUAUGGUUCAUGGAGACUACGUGUUCAUUACCAUUGAACUUUUUCCUAGCGCUCACUGGGGAUUCUACAAAAGGUUCACUGAUCAAUCAUACAACGAUUCCUACAAGAAUGAAUACGUCAGAGUGGCGUACGAAUCUGUCCUCAUCCUCUCUUUGAUGCGACAGGGAGGGGUGCAGCACGACCACUUCAAAAGUGAGGUGCAGGCCCGAGCCUUCAAGGAUUAUGGCUACAUUCUGGACCAAAGCGAUACUGAUAAUUAUUUUAUCAGAGCUUUUUAUGCCAGUGUUAUUUACCUUGCCAUUGCAUUUAACACAACCAUCCAGGAAGGUGGAGAUCUGAAUGACGGCUAUACACUUGCCAGAAAACUCUGGAAUCAAACGUACAAAGUGCCUGCUCUUGAUGAGGUGAUAGCUAUUGAUGAAUACGGUGAUAGAAUUGCGGACUUUGAUGUGUUUGAUCUGCGAAAUAAAAACUCUGAUCCGCCUCAAUUUGAAGUUGUAGGAAAGUUUUAUGGAGCUACCUUAAACUACAGUCCUGUGGCAGGAAUUGAUAUUAAGUGGAUUAAAGGACUUCCGGUGGAUGUGCCUGCAUGUGGAUUUAGUGGAGAGCUCUGUAUAAGAAACGUGGAUCAAACUACCCUGAUCAUAGGAAUUGGAUUCCUAUUCAUCGUCAUAGCAUUUUGUAUUCUGUUUGUCAUAGGAUAUCAUUUCCACAGAAAGAACCAUGCUUUAUACGAAAUGAAGUGGAAGAUAAAUUGGGAACAUGUUCAGCUUAAGCUCACAGGAUCGACAAUGGCGUUUGGAAGUUACAAAUCUUUUAAUACCCAAGAUUCAGCGAGUGAACCAGACGUUCUAUCCACAAGGACCUAUGAGACUACUCGCCAAGUUUUCACUACUAUCGCUUUCUGCAGAGGAGUUAUUGUGGCUAUUCGGAAAUUCGCUUUUUCUUCCAUCGACCUCAAUAAAAACAACCUAAUUGAAUUGAAACAGUUGCUUUCUUUACGGCAUACAAAUGUUGCCGCUUUCAUAGGCGCCUGUGUCGACGUGGGAAAAAUAUCCGUGAUGAUGGAAUAUUGCCCUAAAGGAAGUUUACAGGAUAUUUUGCAAAACGAAAGCAUCGAAUUGGACUGGACGUUCAAAUGUUCUCUCAUCCAAGAUAUCAUUAUGGGAAUGAAUUACUUGCAUGGAAGUGACAUCAAAGUUCAUGGUCGACUGAGCAGUUCUGCGUGUGUUGUUGACCAAAGGUUCUUGUUGAAAUUACGAUGUUAUGGUCCAAAGUGUUUUUAUGAAAAAGAGGCAAUAAAAAAAUCAACAGUUAAUUUUAAUAAAUUUUUGUGGACGGCCCCUGAAAUACUGCGAUCGACAGACUGGAGCCCUGGAACACAGAAAGGGGAUGUGUACAGUUUUGGAAUUAUCCUCCAAGAGAUUGCAGACAGAACUGCCCCAUUCGAUAGCUACGCUAUGACUGCAGUUGAUGUAGUCCAAAGGAUUAAAAAUGUAGAGAAUCCACCAUUCCGACCACAGCUUAACGACAGAUAUUCGGACAAAUUAAAUAUACUGAUGACGGAAUGUUGGUCUGAAAAUCCCGAUGAAAGGCCUACAUUUGACGUCAUAAUGAAGAAAUUCAGAACAAUUUUCAGAGGUCGAAGUAAUAUAAUGGACAAUCUGAUCAGAAGAAUGGAACAGUAUGCCAACAAUCUGGAGGGACUGGUAGAGGAGAGGACAAAGGCUUAUGUGGAAGAGAAGCGAAAAGCAGAGAAUUUGUUAAAUCGCAUGCUCCCUAGAUCUGUAGCCAAGAGUCUACAGCUAGGACAGUCUGUUGAUCCGGAGACGUUUGAUGAGGUGACUAUUUACUUCAGUGAUAUCGUCGGCUUCACCGCUCUGGCUGCCAGAAGCACGCCAUUAGAGGUGGUAGCCUUCCUAAAUGAUCUCUACACCUGCUUUGAUUCCAUUAUCAAUGACAGAAGAGUAUACAAGGUGGAAACCAUUGGUGAUGCUUACAUGGUUGUGGCAGGCUUGCCAGAAAGGAUAGGACCUUACCACGCCACAGAAAUUGCCGAUAUGGCAUUGACAAUCAAAGAUAAAGUACAGACAUUCACAAUAAGACAUCUCAUUGACGAACAGCUCAAAAUACGAAUAGGACUCCACUCAGGUUCAGUUGUUGCUGGAGUAGUGGGGUUAACAAUGCCGCGGUAUUGUUUGUUUGGGGACACAGUUAAUACAGCAUCGAGGAUGGAGUCCACGGGGGAAGCUAUGAAGAUACAUAUAUCUGAAUCAACAAAGUUAAUACUUGAAAAAUCCUACGAAUAUAAAAUUCUAGAGAGGGGUGAAACUGAUAUAAAAGGGAAAGGCCUGAUGAAAACAUUUUGGUUGGAAAGAAAAGUUGAAUCUUAUGUGAAAGUUUCAUUACAUAAU